CUUAAGAGAUACCGUUUCGCAGUUCUCGACGUGCAGUCAACGACGCCUUCUCAGGCGAAACACCGGACUUUUAAUUCUGUGUCGUUUGUUCGGAUCCAAACCGGCGACACGUAAUCGACUGCGUUAAUAUCGUCGACGGAAAUUUAAAGGUACGAAUUACCGAGCGACGAUCACAGAUGGCACGAACCAAUGCGAAACGGGUCCAUUCGGAUCUGCCGCAAUUUGAAUCGAUAAUGAAACUAUCGAGUCUGCCAAUCGUCGAAAGUAGCAUACACAUUGCUGGACAUGUUUACAAAAGAAUAAAGAGUUCGAAUUAUCUGAUGAAUUGGAGUCUCGAUGCAGCGGAACAAUCUUUGGCAUUGGCAGCAGCUUCGGCUAAACCAGCGAUUUACACUUUUAAUGGACCAAUCAUGACGAUCGAUCAAUUACUUUGUAAAGGGAUCGAUAUUGUUGAGCACAGAGUACCGGCGGUACAUAUCCCUCCUCAACAGAUGUAUUGGAAUACUCGAGAAUACGUAGCAAAUAAAAUUUUAAGACCGGUUCUGAUGCGUGCUGGUAGCGUGAAGCAAAUUGGGAGUCACGCUGCUAGCGUUGCAGUCGACACAUUGGAUGGUGCUAUCACUGUUGCAGAUCGAUACGUUGAUCGAUAUUUACCUGAUCCAGCUGAUAAAAUAGUUGAUGAAGUUGAUAUGAACGAACCUGUCAGCAAGACGACUCGUACGAUUAAACACGGUGCAAGAUUUUCAAUAAAAUUACAAAGGAGAUUGACACGUCGUACAUUGGCUGAGGCUCGUGCUCUCAAAGAACAAGGCACUGAAUGCAUUCACGUGUUUUUCUAUGUAAUAGAAUUGCUUGCAACGGAUCCAAAAUUAGCUUUGCAGAAAGCUAAAGAAUUAUGGAACAUAUUGAGCUUACCCGAACCUGAGAAUCAAGCACGUCCAGCAACCUUGGAACAAUUGCUCGUCCUAUUGACAAGAGAAUCAGCAAGACGCAUAGUUCAUCUCGUGAAUGGUGCAACAUCUCUAGCCGCUAAAACCCCACGAUGGAUUGGCAAACUUCUCAUCAGGAUUUCCCGCCGUUUACUGACGCUAACGGAUGCCACUUUGAAGGCGGUAUCUAUAAUCGAAAAGGGAGAGACAGCGAAGACGAAGCAGAUGUCCGUGACGAUCCGUUCUGUGGUACGGAAACUCGGAACGAACACGAGUAGGUUGCUGGUGCGAACAAUUAGCAGCAAUACUCGCCGAUCCUCCCAGUAUACGGGACACGUCGACUACAACAACGACGGCGUUGGUGAACUCGACGGGAACAAAGACAGGGACGGAAAAUACAACAACGACAACAGGCACCGAAACUGCAAUGAUGACAACAGCGUCGUUAAAGAUGUCGCGCCGAAUGCAGGAUCUUCAGCAGAACCACAACAACCACACACAGAUGAUUUCCGACCCACCGAUAAACGGUAUCGAGUAACGAAGCAAAGCCUGGAAACUGUCUCGGGUGGGUUUCUUUCCCCUUCCGACGGAAAGCUUCUCGAUUACGCGCCAAGGUCAACGGCACAUAGAAAUGUUACGGCUUCUAGAGCUGUUUCUUCAUCAUCGUCAUCGUCAUCGUCAUCGUCAUCACCAUCACCAUCAACAACGUCGACAUCAUUGUCACCUUCUUCUUCUUCUUCUUCGCGUCGUCGUGUAGCCGGCAAACGUUCUUAAUCGACAAUGUGUAAAGGAAUGGGGGAAGAACAAGAAGAAGAAGGAAAACAAAAAUAUUGGUUUUACUUAUACGAGAAAAUUUCCAAGAUACAACCCAUCAUGUUUACUAACUCCUUUCUUAUGAUAAAAGUACAUGUCUAUAACGUUUAAAGAGAAUGAGAUAGAAACAAAGAGAGAGAGAGAGAGAGAGAGAGAAACAGAGGGAAUAAGAUAUGUAUUAUCAUAAUAACGCACGCACUUUAUUUUUCUUUUCUCUUUCAUUUUCUUUUCAUCUAAAUAUUUUUUUGAUUUUUCUUCUUCUUUUCAUAUGCAUAUAUCUACGUAUUGUAUAAUGAUUCGGGAUAUUACAAUUAAGAGUUUAAGCGCGUUGAAUAUGCUAACGAGGAAAGAUCAUCAAUUUCACCGUUUCUAACAAUAAUCGUAAAUAUAAGCGUCGGACGUCUAAUUACCUGUAUUGGUUCUAAUGUAAUUCGAUGUUAUUACUAUUGGUGAAAAAUAAAUGUAUCUAUAAAGUA